AUGACAAUUAGAGGACAUCUCUUUUGGCUGCUUUGGCUAGUGCUGCUCCUUCACCGGGGUUAUGCACAGUUCCCAAGGCAAUGUGCUACCCUGGAUGCAUUGAGAAGUGGUGAAUGUUGUCCAGACCUGAAUCCAGAAUCAGAGCCUGGAACAGACAGCUGUGGCUCAUCAACUGGACGGGGCAGAUGUGAUGCAGUUACUGCCGAUACCCGGCCCCAUGGGCCCCAGUACCCACAUGAUGGCAGAGAUGAUCGGGAAGCUUGGCCCACUAGGUUCUUCAACAGGACCUGCCACUGCAAUGGUAAUUUCUCAGGCUACAACUGUGGGAAUUGCAAACCUGGAUGGAGAGGAUCAGCCUGUGACCAAAGGAUCCUUACAGUUAGGAGAAACCUUCUAGACCUGAGUAAAGAGGAAAAAGAUUACUUCAUCCGUGCCCUCAACAUGGCAAAGAGUACUACUCAUCCCCAUUUGGUCAUCGCCACUAGGAGAUCUGAAGAACUACUGGGGACAGAUGGCAAUACACCACAGUUUGAAAAUAUUUCCAUUUAUAACUAUUUUGUGUGGUCCCACUAUUACUCAGUCAAAAAGACUUUUCUUGGGGAAGGUCAGGAGAGCUUUGGGGCUGUGGAUUUUUCACAUGAAGGCCCAGCAUUUCUCACCUGGCAUAGGUACCAUCUACUGCAAUUGGAGAAAGACAUACAGGAGAUGCUACAGGACCCCAAUUUUGCCCUUCCAUACUGGAACUUUGCUACUGGAAAAAACACGUGUGAUAUCUGCACAGAUGACUUGAUGGGUUCGAGAAGUAACUUUGAUUUUUCUCUGAUAAGUCCGAAUUCUGUCUUUUCCCAAUGGCGAAUUUUGUGUGAAUCUGUGCAAGAUUAUGAUACCCUGGGAACCAUUUGUAACAGCACAGAAGGAGGACCUAUUCGAAGAAACCCUGCUGGCAAUGUAGCAAGGCCCAUGGUGCAACGUCUCCCUGCACCACAGGAUGUCGCUCAGUGCUUGGAAGUUGGUUUAUUCGAUACUCCUCCCUUUUAUUCCAAUUCAACAAAUAGUUUCCGAAACACAGUGGAAGGUUACAGUGAUCCUACUGGGAGAUAUGACCCUGCAGUUCGAAGCCUUCAUAAUUUGGCUCAUCUGUUUCUGAAUGGAACAGGAGGACAGACCUAUUUGUCUCCCAAUGAUCCUAUUUUUGUCCUUCUACACACUUUCACUGAUGCAGUUUUUGAUGAAUGGCUGAGGAGAUAUAAUCCUGAUAUAUCAAUAUUUCCAUUGGAGAAUGCCCCUAUUGGACACAAUAGGCAAUAUAAUAUGGUGCCAUUUUGGCCUCCAGUAACCAAUACUGAAAUGUUUGUUACUGCUCCAGAUAAUCUGGGAUAUGCUUAUGAAGUUCAAUGGCCAAGUCAGGCCUUCAGUGUUACUGAGAUCAUUACUAUCACAGUAGUGGCUGCUCUAAUACUGGUGGCAAUUGUCUUUGUUGUCACCACUUGUUUUAUCCGGGCAAGAAGAAACAAAGAUGAAUCCAAUCAACCUCUCCUCAGUGAUCAAUAUCAACGUUAUGCAGAAGAAUAUGAAAAACUGUCAAAUCCUAGUCAGUCUAUGGUAUAAAUAAAGAUAAAAGCAUACCAUAUUCCAGUUUUCAACACCAUCAUAUGAGUCUUUAGACCUUGUUUGUUUCAAUGAUCAUUUAAGUCAAUGAUGUUUUUUUUUCCACUGCUGUCUUAUAUACACAUGUGAUUAUGAUUAUCGAGUCCAUCAUAAACAAUUGCCUUUAGUGAAGAAGAGCCAUUGCAAAACUUGCAAUUUAGUGGGGUUUUUUUAUAAAGUAAGGAGAUUUUAAGAGGCCACCUUUAAGGGCUCAUAAGUUCAAACUCUAGAAAAUAUGGGAUGGAAUGAGUUCUAAACUUGGACCCAGGUAGAAGCCCAGUUUGUUCUUCCUGUGAAACUUAUAUGAACAUAAAUAUUGUGGCUUAACCUCUCUCAGUCUCAUCCUCCUACUGGCAAAAUGAUGGAACUAGCGCUUUUAGUAGUUAUCUCACAAGAUGGU